UGUUAUUUGACAUUUAGCAACAAAAACACCCAAAUAAUUGUUAUAUUGUUAUUUUUUAUUUUAAUUAUUUAUACCGUCUCAUAUAAUAAACAAUAAUAAUUUAUAAAUAAUUACAUAUUAUUAUUAAAAAUAUUUUUUAAUUAGUAUGGCAGAGUGUGGUGACUAUAUAAGAAGUAAAUUUCCAACGAUUGAUGAUGAAUUGUAUCAUUAUGUUGAAAGUAUUCUUGACAGUUCAAAAGAUGACUUUGAGGAUGGAGAUGAAGUUUAUGAAGCCAUUGGACAGGUUUUGCAUGAGGUAGCUGAUAAAUCUGAAAACGAGGUUAGGCAAAUAUGCUGCAAACUGUUGGAGAUGUUGAAAGGUGAAAACCUAAAAAAUGGUGAUGAUAAUUUGAGGGAAAAACAGAAAAAUGGAGUGAAUAAGGUGUUGAAUGCCCCAGUUAAUUUGGGUGCGAUGGCUGCGACUUUGGAAGCACAAGUUGAACAGAUUAAAAGUAUAUGGGUUACAACUAGGGAUGAUACUAUGAAAGUUGAUGCUAAAAAAUUGGAGAAAGCUGAAGCAAAGCUCCAACAAAAGCUAGACAAACGAACGGGUAACGAGUCAACUAAUAAUGCCAAAAAUAAUAACGCAACUCCCUCAAUAGAAUUGGCAUCUGCGAGUCAAAUGAUGAGUAAAAAAGACAGUCGUAUGGAGAGCAAAGGGACGACAAAUAGGGCUCAAGAUAUCAGGAUUGAAAACUUUGAUGUUGCUUAUGGAGAUCGAGUUUUACUUCAAGGAGCUGAUUUGACGUUAGCUUAUGGUAGACGUUACGGUUUCAUUGGACGAAAUGGUUUAGGAAAAACUACACUGCUUCGUAUGAUAUCUAGUAAACAACUGAGAAUACCUUCACAUAUUCGAGUAUUGCAUGUAGAACAAGAAGUAGCUGGCAAUGAAACGUCAGCACUAGAUUCCGUACUUGAGUGCGAUAUUGAAAGGAGUAAUUUGUUGAGCCGCGAGGCUGAGCUUCAGGCACUUAUUGAAAAAGAGGGAGGUAAAAAUGACGCGAUUGAUGAAGAACUAGCAAAGGUUUACGAAGCAAUGCAGCAUGCGGAGGUUGAUAAAGCUCCAGCUAAAGCCAGUGCAAUAUUAUCGGGUCUUGGUUUUACUGUCGAGCGACAAUCUUGGCCGACAAAGUCGUUUUCUGGUGGUUGGAGAAUGCGUCUCGCACUUGCAAGAGCACUUUUCUCGAGGCCUGAUCUUUUAUUACUUGAUGAACCCACAAACAUGUUGGAUAUUAAAGCAAUUGUUUGGUUAGAGAAAUAUCUUCAAUCGUGGCCUACGACAUUGCUUGUUGUUUCUCACGACCGUAACUUCUUAGAUACUGUUCCAACGGAUAUUUUGUACCUGAAAGCACAAAAGCUUGAAGCAUACCGUGGUAAUUAUGAACAGUUUGAAAAGACAAAGGGUGAACGUGAGAGGAAUUUGCAACGAGAGUAUGAGGCGCAGCAAGCUAAGAGAGCCCAUGUACAAGAGUUCAUUGAUCGGUUUCGUUACAAUGCUAAUCGAGCUUCUAGUGUACAGAGUAAAAUAAAAAUGCUGGAAAAACUGCCAGAGUUGAAGGCUGUUGAGAAAGAGACUGAAGUGACACUUCGUUUCCCAGAGGUAGAGCCACUCAGUUCACCAAUACUUCAACUUAAUGAAAUCAUGUUUCGUUACGAAAGCUCUCCACCUAACGAAUACGUUCUGUCUAAUGUCAAUCUCACUGCCUCGCAACAGUCGCGCAUUUGUAUUGUUGGUGAAAACGGAGCUGGUAAAACAACAUUACUAAAAAUUAUAACCGGAGCUCUGAGUCCAACCCGCGGUACCGUACAUCUUAAUCGUAAUCUCAAGUUUGGAUACUUCAGUCAGCAUCAUGUUGAUCAAUUAGACUUGGGAGUUUGUCCUGUUGAACUUUUGCAAAAUCACUUUCCAGGAAAACCGAUUGAAGAAUACAGAAGGAUGCUUGGAAGUUUUGGUGUCAGUGGUGACUUAGCUUUACAAACAAUAAACUCAUUGUCUGGUGGUCAGAAAUCAAGAGUUGCAUUUGCGCUAAUGUGUGCAGCAUUACCAAAUUUCUUAGUACUUGAUGAACCGACUAAUCAUCUUGACAUUGAAUCAAUAGAAGCUCUUGGUAAAGCUCUCAACACAUGCCAGGCUGGUGUCAUCUUGGUAUCUCACGACGAAAGAUUAAUACGAAUGGUAUGCACUGAGCUAUGGGUAUGUGAAAAAGGUACUGUACAUUGUAUGGAAGGCGGGUUUGACGAGUACCGCAGAAUUGUCGAGAAAGAACUUGAAGCAUAGGCAAUUUAAAUUAUAUUUCUUACUCAUCAAUUUUAAUAAAAUAAUUAUUGAUAUUA